AUGGAGAUCAAUAAGCAAGAAGGACGACGUGGCAAACCAGGACUCCCUGGAAAAGCAGGACCACCAGGGCCACCUGGCCCUCCAGGUGUUUCAGGAUUUCAAUAUUCCUUUAAAGGGCAGAAUUAUCAGGGAGAACCUUCUGAAAAAGGAGAAAAGGGAGAUUCAAUGAAGAUGAGGAUGAGGAUGAUGAUGAUGAUGAUUGUAUUCACUCAUUGCUUUGUUUUUCAGGGUCUUAAAGGGCCUCCUGGGACACCAGGAUUCCAAGGACCAAGAGGGCCUCCUGGAUUACCUGGGACUCCUGGAACUCCUGGCCUUGAUGGUAUUCCAGGACGAGAUGGAAAGCCAGGAAUCCCAGGCCCUCCAGGUGACCCAGGAGAUCCUGGUCCAAGAGGUCCCCCAGGAAUCCCAGGAAGAGAAGGGUCAAAAGGGAGCAAAGGGGAACGUGGAUUUCCUGGUCUUCUGGGAGAGAAAGGCGAUGAGGGCCUUCAAGGAAUUCCAGGGCUACCUGGUGUGGUAGGACCACCAGGACCUUCUGGCGCAAUAGGAAGAUCUGGACAUCCUGGUUCACCAGGAACAAAAGGCGAGAAGGGAAAUGAGGGUGCUCCUGGGAAGCCUGGACCACCUGGUAUGUCAUAUAGUGAAAGUAGUGGCAUGAGCAGCUUAUAUAAACUACAGGGAAGUUCUAGUUAUGCUGGUCCCCCUGGGCCUCCUGGCCCAAAGGGGGAGACUGGAGCUGUGGGUGAAGCGGGCCCAAUGGGACUACCAGGCUUAGAAGGACUACCAGGAGAAAAGGGUGACCAGGGAUCAGUGGGACCUCCAGGAGUUCCAGGAAUACCUGGAAAGCAUGGCGCUCCAGGUCCACCAGGAAUCCCCGGAGAACCUGGUGAAAGAGGCCCUGUUGGAGAUGUUGGCUUCCCAGGGCCAGAAGGGCCAUCAGGAAUACCAGGCUUAAAUGGGAAAGAUGGAUUGCCUGGUGCUCAGGGUGGAAUGGGUAAACCUGGUGAUAGAGGCCCCAAAGGAGAACGUGGUGAUCAAGGUAUACCGGGAGAUAGGGGCCCACAAGGUGAAAGGGGGAAGCCUGGCUUACCAGGAGACCAAGGGCCCCUAGGACCUACUGGAUCUGCAGGGCAAAAAGGCAGUUCAGGAUCUCCAGGUCCAAAGGGCCCUCCAGGUGUCCCAGGAAUACCGGCUGAUUCAAUUUCAUUUGAGGAAAUGAAAAAAUAUGUCAGACAGGAGGUUCUUAGAGUUUUUGAAGAGAGGAUGACUCAGUUUGUGUCUCAGCUGAAGCUGCCUGCUGCUAUGCUAGCUUCCCAAACUCAUGGGAAGCCAGGUCUUCCAGGAAAAGAUGGAUUACCUGGGCCACCUGGGGAACCUGGACCACCAGGCUACAGAGGACAAAAAGGUGAAAGAGGUGAGCCUGGAAUUGGCCUGCCAGGUGAUCCUGGCCCACCUGUUACUGGUGUGCAAGGCCCACAUGGAGCUCCAGGAGAACCAGGUGAGCAGGGACUACCUGGCCCUGCAGGAAGAUGCAAUCCAGAAGAUUGCUAUUACAAAGUUUCUCAAAGUCAGUCCCGGACAAUUGGGAAAUGA